AUGGCUGAUAGGAAAGCAACAGCUGCAGGAGAUGCGCCUUCAGAAAAUAAUCAAAAGAAAAAAGAUGACCAUCAGAAAGAAAAGGGCCACAAAGAGGAGAAUUUGGAGCCUGUGGUCGAAGAAAUAGUUAAGACACCGUCUCAAAUUGCUCGAGAGGAGGCUGAGUACAGAGCACAUAUGCGAAGAAACCGAUUCAAGCGUCGUUGGCCUGAAGUCUCUAAAGUGAAGAUCAGCACAAGGCCUUGGAAGCCGCCGCCGCCACCUGAGAGAUUACCACCCGUUACUAUAAACCGUCCGGAGUUCAAAACGAAGAAAUGGGUUCCACCAUACAUGCAUCGUCGCCGAAGACGUCCAAAAUUACUGCGCAUACCGGCGGAAGAGGUCACUCAGCCGUUAUACGAGUUCGCCAAGCUGAGAAGGAUAUGGCACAACUUCAGGCAAGUAGAAAAGAGUAAGAUGAUGCUCCAAGGCAGCUUAGGCUGUAACUCUAAGAAGUAUUCCUCGACUGCUUGUGGGUCACAAACCGCUUGUAUAGCAGUGGUGUGCCGUGUCCUUCUAGAAGAAAAGACACCGUCACAGCUUGUGAAAAGGGACGUGGAUGAUGUGAUCGAGAACGGAGACAGAUAUUAUAGGCAGUGCAUGUUAGCACUUAAGUGCUAUAAAGGUAAACCGCAACUUCAACUGAACCAAUUGCUUUCAUCGUUAUUCUACCACGACAAUAAAUACACUGUGAAAAUGACUGAAGUGGAGAAAGGACUCUUGGCGAAACACCCUGAUAAUAUACAAGGCGAACCGGAUCUCAUGGCUAUAAUGGAGAAGUACGCCGGAACAACAUAUAUGAUGAUUUUGACUAUUGGCGAGGACAAGCAUUUCCUUAUCUGGGGCCAUCCUCCACCACCCGAAGCUGAAAGUAAUGUGAAAACCAUAUGCUAUAUUUUCGACCCUCAUAUGUUGAAUGAUUUGGGGCAGCCGAAUUCUGUGUAUGGAGCCGGAGCAUUUUUACGCUACGCUGGUGUGAUGUGUUUCGUUCUAGACUUUCUCGCGAACUACGGAGAUCUAGAUGCAGCAAAAAAGGGCACUCCUAAACCAACGAUAACCCUGACCAAUAUUGAGGUUGUCCAAAAGGAACCUUUAAUCCGAGAACCGAACUACGAAUUAGAUUUAAAAGCUCUGAAAAUCCACUGCCAGAGCGAAUGGGAGAGCUUAAACAUUAAUGCGCUCAUAGAGAAGAAGAUUAAAGAGCCUCCUGCUCAACUGCCAGUUCCACCCGAGAACCCUCCUCCACCUCUUACUCAGGAGCAGAUCAUGGCGCUACGCGGGGAAGACUUCUUCCUUUAUUGUCCGAAAACUGAUGCCCACAUUUAUGGGCGUGAUGAUCUAAUCCCGUUACCAAAGUCUGAGACAGUUCUUCACAGUCUGGUCGAGAUUGCCGACCAGAACUUCCAUUCGCAGUUUCAGCAGUUAGACGUCGAGAAGUGGAUAUUGCACGCCACUAGGCACAUGGCCAGUCACAGGCUAGAAAUAUAUGCAGAGAAAAGUACCCAGUCCAAAAAUAAUACACCAACAAAUAUAGUUCUUAAUCUUUGUAGUAACCUGUUGAAUAAAGGACACACUAUGUAUACCGAUAACUGGUAUACCAGUGCAGAUUUAGCAGACAAGUUACUUGAUUCAGAGACGCAUCUGGUUGGUACGCUUCGCAAAAAUAGAAAGAGAUUGCCGAAAGAAGUCACUGAAAUGAAGCUCAAAUCUGGUGAAUAUAUUUCUAGAGAGAAUCAAAGGGGUAUAACCGUUAUAAAGUGGCGAGAUAAACGCGAAGUACUUCUGCUGUCUACAAAACGCUCUAACAUACUAAAAGAAAGUACGAGUAAACGGGGCCUUGUUACCAAGAAACCCAAAAUUGUUUUGUCCUACAACCAAGCGAAGUCGGCCGUAGAUCUGUCUGAUCAAAUGUCAGCAUAUUCAACACCAUUGCGUAAGACAGUAAAAUGGUAUCGAAAACUUGCUUGCAUCGCUUGUUGCGUAGCGGCUUUGGCGAUGCUCCGUCGAAUGCGAGCUAGAACAUGGAACGAGGAUAUCCUUGACGAGACACUGGAUUUGGGUUAUAAUCUAUACAGGCAACGUGGAAUAGCUGUGUGGGGCAAGAUGAUGUCUUCGGACCCGAAAGUUUUUGACUUAUGUCGCGGCAUCGAGAGUUUCUUCAAAGAAUCCGAUGCUGGAGUUUUACAGAUCCCUGGCGAGUAUGAAGUAGCAAUAUGGAAUGAAGGCGGUCGCUACUACGUGUACCAUCCGUGGCCCGCAGACAGAUAUGGAUAUAGGAUCGGUCUUCGCGACGGCGGCAAAGCUUGUCUCUUAUACUUCAGUAGAAUAUCACGCCUGUGCGAGCAUUUUCUCGACAGCGUGCCUGAUAUGAAAAGAAGGCCUUUCAGCAUAGCUGAUGUCACUGUGCAAGAGUUGGGCGAGAUGCCUGAACCGGUCAAUAAGCUUAAACCUGUAGCACCAAACCGUUGGGUGGUCCGCGGCCGCUUCCACGAAGCGGACGAGAGAUUCCCAGAAGAGCACAGAGGACGUCAGGCGACACCGGCGGCCAUCGCUGCCAUUGCCAUGGCGCAUAUUGUAGACCCAGCUAACUGGACCGCCGAUGAAGUUGACGAGUCCUUAGUUCGGGGCGACAUCCUCUACCAAAAUACUUUAGAGAACUUAGAGCGCAAGGGUAUAAGUCUAGACUCUUCUAAGAACUUUGAAGGUGAAGAUGCAGAAGAGGAAGAGGUCGCUUCCUCUGAAGGGACUUUGGCUGCCGCUGAUGUUUUGGACAAGUUCAGAAUUUCGGACUACGAUUGUAUUGAAACUGAUGUUUUAGACAGCGCCUAUUGCGGCGAAUUAAACCCUGACUACACAAAUGGAGUGAUGUCGCUGAAGCAGUCGCUGAGACAACUUUUCAAGGAGCAUUCACACGCUGUGGUAACUGCACGUGGCGCCUCCACCGCCGUAUGGAGACACGAGGACCAUUACUACAUGUUCGAUCCACACGCGUGCGAUGCUAACGGUUUCCCUUCGGAUGAGGUUCGGGCAACUGCGUGCCUUGUCAGAGUGAAGGGUGGACCUGAUGCAUUGGCUGACGCUGUGCUGGCCAAUCUACCACCGGGAUCUGAUGAUAGUUUCAACAUAUCACCGGUAGCCAUCACCGCUACUAAGCUCAACGUUGACAUCGGCGCCCCGGAGACCAAGCUCGAGAGCAAAGCUUUCGAGUGGAUUUCAAAAGGAACGGCUGCUAUAAUGAUGGGACCUCGAGGAGAGAACACGGCGAUCGGCAAGGCAGCUGAAAAGGCUGGUGUGCCGGAAGAAGAUAAGGCGGGACGUACAAUAGCCCUACCAGCGGCGGCCGCGUUUACAGCGGCUACAGCAUCUGUCCCACCGCCACAUAUGCAUCAAGAUCAUAUGUAUAAUUUCUUAGAUGCCGGUGCCGAAUACUAUACCAAUCACUUAAAGAAAACUGGUCGCAAAGAAGUGACGCCAGGCGACCUGACUGAGAAGUUCGAGAUGGGCGCAAACACUUUCUCAAUUGAAUUAGAAGAACCGAUCACACUGCCUCUGCGUCUGCCCGACGAGCCAGAAGGAGAAGGUGGUGAAGAGGAGGAAGAAUCUGAGACAGAAGAAACAGGAGAAGAAGAGGUAGAAGAGGAGACAAAAGAAAAACCUUUGAAACAAAUAAAAGAUGCACUAUUCAACAUGUGGAACGAUCCGACGAAAUCGUCGCACGUAUGUCUGCUGGUAGGUGACUACCACCAGCUGGGGCUGUGGUUGACGCCUGGUGGGAAGGUAGUUGCCUUCGAUCCCGCCCCAACCAUGGCAAAAGGAAUGCUUACAGCGCAAAGGAUUAAGAAGGGAGAUGAGCUUCGCUUGCAACGUCUAAAAGACGAGAUGACUGGAGAAGGUGGCGAAGAAGCGGAAGACGAAGAACUCGGUGGUGGUAAGAUACACUUAACUGGCCAUAAGCAUUUUAAGAUGUUUUCUGGUAUCAGUUGGUCGGUCGAAACACAAGGUGAAGAGAAACCCGAGCCGGUGCCAGAGUUUGUUCCACCGGAAUCCUCGCCUGCGUUGAUGGUGUUCGCAAGUCCCGGGGAGUUCAUCGAUAAACUAACCCUCCAAGGAGGUUUAGACCGGAAGCAAUGCCUGGCCCCUUAUAAGUUGUAUCCUGUGAAAGUGAUAAACGAACUCACAUCUGUGCUGAAGGAGAAGAAAUUUCCAUCUUCCAAGGCUGGCGGGGACGAGGCUGCUGAUGAAGAAGCCGCCGAAGAAGACGAUCUUAUCGAGCCAUUAGAUGACACAGCUGUGGGAAAAUAUUUCACGCGACUGGGGCGAGCGGUGGCGUCAUUGCGGGGUCGGUUAGCUCAGAAUGAGAACUACUUCAUGGAUCAGCCGAAUAGGGAUAACCAGGACUCGGGAAAUGCAAUAAUGGGCAUCGUAGUGGAACAUAUCGAGCCGUACACCCACUGGAAACCGGCGCUGAUAGACGCCAUACUGAAAUAUGGCGAUCGGUUGUACACGACGUCGCUGCCGCUCGCUGCCAACCCACCGCAGCUCAGGCCUGACGAAGUGCAACAAGAGUUCCACGUCACCAACUUCAAUGUAAGACUUGAGGUGGAAGGAGACGUAGUGAAGGGGGAUAUUAAAGCCAGCGAAACUGGAGGCGUGCUUAGUCUGAAGAAGGGUCUAGAAAGAUUUUUCGAAUCUGUAAGUACUUACUUUAUAAGUAUACAAACUUAUAUUAUAAGCAAGAUCUUCUUGCUUAUAAUCUAA